AUACGCGGCAGGAGCGCGGCGGUGGCGGUGGUGAUCUCAUAGCUUCAGUAAACUGCAUGGUGCAGCUGGAUCGAGUCGCAACUUUCGCAGCCAAACUUUUAACAAACAAACCCAAGCCGAUCCCGGUGUGUCUGCGUGUGGAUGUGGUGGAGCAGGAGGAGUAGAUGGGUUUGGGUGAGGACGGCGGUGUGCGCCUGUGUUUAGGGAGCGGAGGGGAAACGCUGUUUAGUAUUUCGCUCAUGCAGGGCAGCUGUUGUUGGAACAGGGAGUGGGAAGGUAUGUAAAUGAUCAGGCAUGACCAUUCCACAAGAUCACCAUGCAGGCCUGAGAAAUAUUGCACUGAUGCCCAUAGUCUGUGGAAACCAAAGGAUAAGGACAUAGUCGGAGUGGAGCUAGCUGCCACAUCCCCAUCCUCAAAAGAUGCUGCAGACCUAAGAUGUUUAGUUGGUGAGGCGUCACCAUGACAAGCCUGAAACGCUCACCUUCUGAGAGGCCUGCUGCGGGGACGGUCCAGGCCCCUGAAGAAUUAUAUACUCGUCCGUUACGCCAGACCAAUGGAGGGGUAAACCUUCUGCGUCCAGAAAAUGCUUACCAGUCAGGAGGCAUGAUUGGAGUACCAAAGAUGGGAGUUCGAGCCCGGGUUGCUGACUGGCCACCUAGGAGAGAUGUGGUAACGGUGCGACUACCCGGUACAAAUGCCGAAGCAGUGAGUCACACAGGAGCAAGCUCAGGUAGUCAGCCCAAACUUGGUGCUCUUAUCGGUCCUCAAGAUUCUUUAAUGCUCCAAAGCAUACAAAAGACACUUCAGAGCAAGUUAAAUCCAGCCAGUUGUGAAAUCUUUCUGGAAGAGCAGUUGCUCACAGUUGAUGACCAUAGAAGCUCCUCUCGUGGUAAUACCAGACGCAUCCGGCAACGUAGCAACAGUGACAUGACCCUAAGUGAAGUUGAUGGUAGUGGGGAUAGUGGGGAAGAUUGGGGCACUGUAGGCACAAAGUGGUCUCCACUACACCGGGAGUAUGGUAGCACUUCCUCCAUUGACCAGCAUGCAGUUUCCUCUUCUGAAGUCUCAAGGAAUAGCUUCUUUGAGAUGUUAAAGGGCUAUGAAGGGGAGAAGCAAGACCAACGUAGCCCAGCACCUGAAAGACUGGCAGAACUUCUCACAGUCUCAAGCAAAGAGCAGGAUCGGAUGGAUACUGCUGUAGAGGACUUGAGAAAUGAGUCUCCUUCUAGUCGGUUAAGAGAACGGGACAAACCUCCAAAAAGAAGAUCCAAAUCAGAGACUGGGGGUGAAUCAAUAUUCAGGAAGCUCCGCAGUGCAAGGACAGAUGUGGAUUCUCCCAGGGUGGGUUCUGAUUUAGAGGACAGCCGUCUUGAAGACUCCAAACCUCCUUUGAAGCCUUGGGUCUGCCAGAAAGGUUUUGCACACUAUGACGUUCAGAGCAUGCUGUUUAACAUGAAUGAGGUGAUCCAGAACAGAGAGAACUCUGCAGCCAAAUGCAAAAACACUACUUCUGGUGCCUCUGCUGCUUCUGCUUUUUCUGGUUCCGCAACAUCCACUUUAUCAUCAACACACAGCCUGCCGUACAGCUCUCCUGGUGGCAGCCAAGAGGAACUGAACCUACGGGAUAGUCCCACUUUGGACACAACUGAUGAUGACGAUGGCAACGGACUAGUACGCAAAUGUCCCUGUUUCUGUACUGAAAUUGGGGGUGACUUUAGACAUAAGGUAGGGGUUGCUGUACCCGCUGAGUUGGGGAGUGGGAGUUCCAGGGCUUUUGGUCAAUCUGAAAUUACACUAAGCCUCCAUUGCACCAAUGGAGGCAUCGCUGUUGUAGAAGGUCCAAAAGAUGCAUCCGCCUUACUCAGUGAUCGGGACAAGCAGUAUGUCAUUGAGCAUGUGGACCAUGGAGCGUAUUACUACAGGAAACUUUUUUACUUGAGAGAGCAUUGGAACUACUUUGGUAUAGAUGAGAUUUUGGGACCAGUGGCAAUAAGCAUUAGGAGAGAGAAGUUGGAGGACCACAAGGAGCAUGGCCAGCAGUAUAACUACAGAAUUAUAUUCCGAACCAGCGAGCUCACCACUAUGCGUGGCUCUAUACUUGAAGAUUCGGUACCUUCCACCGCCAAACAUGGCACUGCUCGAGGGUUACCUCUGAAAGAAGUUCUGGAGUACCUGCUUCCAGAGAUGGACAUCUCCUGCCUCCGCCUUGCCCUCAAUACACCAAAAGUCACAGAGCAGCUGAUGAAAUUGGAUGAGCAGGGGCUCAGUUUCCAGGUGAAGGUGGGGGUAAUGUACUGUCGUGCAGGACAGAGCACAGAGGAGGAGAUGUAUAACAAUGAAAAUGCUGGUCCCGCUUUUGAAGAGUUUCUACAGCUGCUGGGAGAAAAAGUGCGAUUGAAAGGGUUCAACAAGUACAGAGCUCAGCUGGACACCAAGACGGAUUCCACUGGGACCCACUCUCUGUACACCGCAUACAAGGACUAUGAGAUCAUGUUUCACGUGACAACCAUGCUGCCAUACACUCCAAACAAUAGACAGCAGUUGUUGAGGAAAAGACACAUUGGGAAUGAUAUCGUAACCAUCGUUUUUCAAGAGCCAGGAGCUCAUCCCUUCACCCCCAAAAACAUCCGCUCGCAUUUCCAACAUGUCUUCAUCAUUGUCCGUGUGCACAACCCCUGCUCUGAGAACACCUGCUACAGUGUGGCAGUCAGUCGCUCGAGUGAUGUGCCCUCAUUCGGGCCUCCAAUCCCCAAAGAAGUGACUCUACCCAAAUCCACGGUUUUCAGAGAGUUCCUUCUGACGAAAGUCGUCAACGCCGAGAACGCCGCUCAUAAAUCGUCCAAGUUUGGCGCCAUGGCUACACGCACGCGUCAGGAGUAUCUGCGCGACCUGGCCGAGCGGCACGUCACCAGCACGCCGGUGGAAUCAUCCGGAAAAUUUCCUUUCAUCUCUCUGGCACAUAAGCGAAAGGAGAAAGUCCGCCCUCAUGCAGGGGCGGAGCUGCGCAGCCUUGGCGCAAUCACAUGGGCAGUACAUUUGGAGGACCUCACGAUGGGGGCGGAGCGUGAGGGUCUCCUGGCCAUCUCUAAUGAGUUCGUCCUUAUACUCGACCAGGAGAUCAAAGCCUUGGCGUUUAACUGCUCCACGAGAGAUGUGAUUGGCUGGUCGCUGGGAAGCCCCGCCUCUAUGAAGAUCUACUAUGAGCGAGGUGAGAGUGUUUCGCUGCGAUCCAUCAACAACAAUACGGAGGACUUCGGUGAGGUCGUCAAACGUCUGGAGCUAGUGACAAAGGGCAGUCAGACGAAGGAGAUGACUCUGAGAAGGAACGCUCUGGGUCAGCUCGGAUUCCACGUGAAUUUCGAGGGCAUCGUAGCUGACGUCGAGCCCUACGGCUACGCGUGGCAGGCAGGGUUGAGACAGGGCAGCCGAUUGGUGGAGAUCUGCAAGGUCUCCGUGGCCUCACUGUCACACGAGCAAAUCAUUGAUCUGCUGCGCACCUCAGUGACGGUCCGAGUGGUGAUCAUCCCUCCACAUGAGGACUCCACUCCACGCAGAGGUUGCUCAGAGAUAUACCACAUGCCACUAGUAGACUACAAAAACCACAAGGAGGGGAUGCCCUAUGAAUACAAGUUCCCGUUUCGCAACAGCAAUGAGAAGUGGCCUCGACCCAGCGCUCCUCCGCAGACUGUGGUUUGCACUUCCCAGAAUCGAAAUCUCAACCAAGGCCAAGGGGCAACACUAAGCAAGACGGUGAAUUCCGACUAUGCCAGACGUGGUUCACUCAUCCCUCGGAGUGUGUCCAGUGAAGGUCGUGCACUGAACGCAAAAAGGUACUCUCCAGGCUCCGAUAACUACGCCCUGGCAUGUUCCAUUGUGAUGGGCCGGUCUCCGCACACCCGCAGCUCCCCCAACAACCAAUCAUUCUCCAGUGACACCAGCACCAGCUCCACCCACUGGCGUCAAAAGUCCAAUCCGGAUGGGUUUAACGCGAACCGCAGCUCACCAUUAGCUCCUGAUCGCCAAAUCGUGAGGGAGUGCGUGUGGGUUUCACCCAGCUGGGCCAAAAUGGGGGAGGGAGAAGGAGCCAAUCGGACACCAUCAGACCUGACCAAAGUAAAGCCAGCCCUGAUGAGCACUGACCAACAUCCCAAAGAUCCUAACACACACCUCUAUCCAAACAAGAGCGACACCGCAUCCGUCGGCCAAUCCAGCACCACCACGCUCUCCAGCCAUGCCUCAAGCUGCACAGAUACUGAGGAGAAGUGGUACGAUUUGGAUGGAAGGCUAGACUCGGAUCUGAACGGCUUUACAACCGAUUGUCCCCAGGGAGCUUCUGCUAAUGGUGCUGGGGAAGCUUCGCCUAGGAACUUUGACUCCGUUCCAGUUAGCAUCAACUCGAAGCUGAAAGAGAAAGCCUCAGCUCACUGGGGGGAGAUCACCUCCGCCUGCCAGGCUCUGCAGGUCUCCCCAGCUGGCUCAGAGACUCCGCUUCACACAGAUCUCUCUGAGAAUCAGGCCAAAAGCCCUCUGCCUCCAGACACAACUUCCCAUAAUAUCAGUGACACAGCCUCUCAUUCAAGCACUCUGAGUUCAGUGCACUCGGGCAGUCCACCGAGCUCCACUCAGGAGGAAUCAACCCCCUCUACCUCUUCCCCCACCCACCCAUCCCUCUCUCCUGGAGCCAAGAGCUUCUACCCCCGCCAGGGAGCCACCAGCAAGUACCUGAUUGGCUGGAAGAAACCAGGGGGCACCAUCAACUCUGUGGAAUUUGGUAGCAGUCGCAAGCGGCAUCAGAGCGAUGGCUAUUUAGGUGGGCAGCCUCAGCUACGGGCCACUAUGAAGAUGAGCCAGUCCCCUCAGCCCACUCCAAAAUCCACUGUAGAGGAGGAUCUAAAGAAGCUAAUCACUCUGGACAGCCCUCCGCCUAGCUGUAGCAAAACUAAGCCCUUAUUCUCGCUCUCCACGACAAGUCCCCGUUCUUUACAGCGGACCUUCUCCGACGAGAGCAUCUUUAGCGGCCAGAGGGUGCUCACAGCAGCCCGUCAGAGUGCCAACCUGUUCGGUCGCUCCACAAUGCCGCGCUCACCCAGUGCCCGUAGCUCAACGCUGCACCAUUCGUCCUACACACACGGAGCCAAAUCGCUGGGUGACCUCACAUUUACAGAGGGCAGUGUUUUUGAGGCUGCACCAUCCAGGAAACAGCAGCAGGACCCCGGCCUCAUCCCCCUUCCUGAUGCCAGCGCAGACAGCGGACUCGAUUGGUCCGACCUAGUGGACGCAGCCAAAGCGUUCGAAGUUCAAAGAGCAACAUUCUUGGCAGCAAAAGACGCCACUUCUAGGUCAGAGACGCAUUCUCCCGGCUCCCAGACGAUGGAAACUCAGCCCUCUUUACAGCAGCACAUCUCAUUCAGUGAGAGUCCUGCCAGUCUGAUUGGGAAGGUCAGUCAGCUGGAGUCUAUGGUGAAACUGCUGCAGGAGGAUCUGAAGAAGGAGAAGGACGCGAAAGCCUCUUUGCAGGCCCAGAUUCAGAGUCUGAGGGUCGACAAUCAGCGGCUGCAGGAGGAAUCUCAGAACGCCUUGGCCAAACUGAAGAAAUUCACAGAAUGGGUUUUUAACACCAUCGACAUGAACUGACUCGGUGACCCUCCAGUGCCAUAUUGCCACACUCAAAAUACAAUAUGAUUAAUCACACGAUGAUUCAACAACAUGAAUCCCUACAGUCAUACAUAUACUGUGAGGAGUCACGAUCAUAUUUAUAUACAUGAAUGGUUAUGGUUCUAAAGUGGUCAUGGGGAUCGAACUGAAAGUCAUAAUGAAAGCCCCCCUGCAUGUGUUUCCUUUGUUCUGAAUACUGGGCGGGUAUGUGUGCAUGCCCCCCCACCACCACUCCCACCCCACAGUACCAGGCCCCACUGAACCGUUUCAUUUGGUUUAUAUAAGGAGUACUACUGUAGUGUAGGACAAUUUCCUGUGCCUCGUUAAUUUGCUUUAUUGCUCACUUCCUCGCUGUUCUUUGGCUCUCUAUAAUGUGAUGUUCUUAAACAAAUUCUGUGGGUUCAGGGCUAUAAAAUGGUCAUUUGCUCAGUCUAUAUAAAUGUUUUUUAUUUAAAAAUUUUUUAAAUGGCAAAGAAACGCUACGACCAAGUCCACUAUGCUAUGCAGUUCAAACCUGUGUGAGAAUAACGGAUAUUAAUAAACACUUGGAGACUGGUGGAUUAUGUGGUGGCUGCUUGAGGAUCAUGCUUGUUGACGACACUGUGGAAACCAUUUCUAAGCCUUAUUUUAUCAGUUAGCAGAAUUUCAAACUCACAUAACCACUUUUGCGUUGUUGGUGCUUGUGAGACGGGUGUGCUCUCUUUAAUUUUUAAAAAUUUUUUUUAAUAAUCCCUAAAACAAAUAUGAUUGAGAUGUUCAGCUUGAUGUAUUUAUGUGCAAAGGGACUACAGUCGCCUCGAUUAUACUUUGUCUGAGAGCCGAACUCGCGUUGAAUUCUGACCGCGUUCAGAUAUGUUGCUUUCUCCUGUUGAACUGUUAAGAUGAAAAUAAUAUACUCAUCUUAGAGGUACCUGGUCAGUGAUACUCAAUCACUCUUUAAGGUCCUUAUUCAAAGUGACCACUAUGAAAGAUCAAUGCGAAUGUGAUCUACGGCCUUAUGAGUAACUUGACCUACUGUAUAUCAGCUACAGUACUUGUUUUACAGCAGGAUGAUGGAGUACUGGGAGACGGUUGGUGCCAUCGGGUAAAUAUUUAUAUCUUAUUGUGUAUACAAAUAAAUUAACAGCCUCUCUUGUACAAUUGCCCCAUAAAAAGAAAACUUAUUUUGAAAAAAAUAUUUAUUUGUUGGAUAGUCAUUUUAAGAUGUAUUAAACCAUUUUAAGAUGUAGAAGCAAGGGGGGGUUUGGCAGAGCGCUAUGUAGCUGUUGUAAAUAAUUUUCUUUUUUUUUUUUUUUUUUUACAUUCAAAUUUUUUUCCAACAUUUUGAAAUGUUGCCAUCUAUUGGAGUAAAUGCCACAUGACCUUCAUUAAAAGGAGUCCUUAAUCUCUCAAACUGAUUUAUAAAACGUGUUUUACUUUUCUUUAAUCAUUUUUAUCUUUAUUAUAAAACAAAAAUGACACCUGAAAAGACAGCGACAUGGUUUUUUUUUUUCAAAGUCUUUAAUCAUUUCCUUGUUUUUUUUAUUUUUUUAUUGUGCUUGUUGAAUCGACGUCACAUUUCCCCCCUCGGUGUGUUUUUUCCCUCCCUUAUUUGUAUUGCUCUCCUAAAAGAGCUUAUUUUCCGUUGUCUGAAAUCUGACAUUCUCUCUGCAGACAUUACUGGAUCCUCUUUCCUUUUGGAAACGUAUCUCUGACGUGCAGUAGCAUGUUGUAAUAUUUCCCUUAUCCUUUGACAUGUAAAGACAUUUAUUCCAUUAAAAAAUAUUUUGUGCAUUUUAAA